AUGUAUUAUCAACUAUCAACUAUUUGGUUGUAUAUUUUACUAUCAACCAUUUGGUUUCAUAUUCUCGAAUUAAUACAACGCUGUAAUGGAUGUUUAGCAACCAGUGCGGUGACAAAACCAAAAUCACAUCCAAGCACGUAUAAUCCUCGUACACCAACAACAACCAUUGCACCAAAUAUUCAAUGUUUUCCAGUUGCAAGGCAGAAGCGUAAUUCUCUAUCAUCAACCUCAUCAGCAUCAAAUAAUUUAUUGAAUUUGCCAGCAAAUUGUUUACCAAUAGAUUAUUUAAAAACAGCAAUGGCUGAAAUGAAAGCAGGUCUAGUACAAAGUGAUUCAUUUAAUUUUGAACGUAAAUUAGAGGAAAGCUCACUUUUUCCAUCAACCAUCUCAAAACAUCCAGCAAUUGCUAUUGAACAUCACACUAUCAAUGAUAACAGUGAUAAUCGUCAACUGUUAUCAUCUCAACAUCAAACUGAAAAAUUAUGUCGAGAUUUUGAAUGGGAUGGACCAAUUUAUCUUUAUAAUCAAUCAUUGAAAAUAAAAGUACCAUAUUGCUAUAAGUACGUUGCAAGCAUUGACGAUGACACUGAUGAAUUAACUAUGUUGACACAAAAAAGCGCACGUGAAAAAUGUCGUUCAUACAGUGAUCUACAUGGUGGUUCAUCUGAUUUAGUAUCCAUUCAUUCGAAUGAUGAAAAUUAUGAUUUACAAAGUACAUUAACAUUUUUUGGCUGGCAAUCUGCAUGGAUUGGUCUUGCUUACGAUGAUGUCCAUACAACAUGGCAUUGGACCGAUGGUACAACUCUAUCAUUUUCAAAACUUUCACUUCGUAAUCCAUCCCAGCACUGUGCUAUACUACUAACAAAUGGCACAUGGAUUUCAGAAGAUUGUAAAAGUAACACUGUGUCACAUUUUGUUUGUAAAAAACAAGCAUUUGCAUAA